AUGGCGGCUACCGUUGCGCAUGCGAGUCCCCUGUCGAAUCAGGUUGGCGGGGGUUUAUCCAAGAUGAUGGGCGGAGGCAACAGCAGUAAUGGCCAUGCUCAGGCGCAACAGCACUCCGAUGCUGGAGCUGGACCUAUCGCAAGUCGGAUGUUGACUCCUCAGGAUUUCCGCGUCGUAAGAACGCUUGGAACUGGAACAUUUGCACGAGUGUGUCUUGUGCGCCCAGCGAAUGCGACUGAAGAGGAGCGCGACACCGUUUUCGCGCUGAAGAUCCUGCGGAAGACAGAGGUCAUCAAGCUUAAACAGAUCGAUCACGUCCGUCACGAACGUUCAAUUCUCGGCGAUGUCGCCGGCCACCCCUUCAUCACGAAUCUCAUCUCCUCCUUCGCCGAUCGCGAUCACUUGUAUAUGCUGCUGGACUAUGUUCCUGGUGGUGAGCUUUUCAGCUAUUUGCGCAAGUUUCGGCGCUUCGAGGAGGAGACGGCGCGCUUCUACGCCGCAGAGAUUGUUCUCGUGCUGGAGUAUCUGCACGAGCAACAGGGUCGCGUCGCCUAUCGUGACCUCAAGCCCGAAAAUCUUCUACUGGAUGGUGAGGGCCAUAUCAAGCUGGUUGACUUUGGCUUCGCAAAGAGGCUGAGCAAUAGCUCGGGCCAGCCCAUUGAGACUUAUACCCUCUGCGGCACUCCCGAAUACCUCGCUCCGGAAGUGAUCCAUAACAAAGGUCACACGACAGCGGUGGACUGGUGGGCACUGGGCAUUCUGAUUUACGAGUUUCUGACGGGAUACCCGCCAUUCUGGCACCAGAACCCAAUUGAAAUCUACAAGCAAAUUGUCGAGAAGCCCGUCAUGUUCCCGCAUGACCCGCCAGUAUCAGCCGAAGCUCAAGAUCUGAUCAGAUCCUUUUGCACUGUAGACCGAUCCCGACGACUAGGAAAUGUCAGCGGGGGAGCGGCCAAGGUCAAAGAGCACCCAUUCUUCCGAGGGGUCAACUGGGACGACAUGUACCACCGACGAGUACAGGGCCCCAUCAUCCCGCCAAUUCGAUACCCUGGCGAUGCUCAAUGCUUCGACAUCUACCCCGAGGACGACGGCAAGAGGGAAGCGUACACGGACGACAUGGUCCAGAAGUACGACCACUACUUCAAGGACUUUUGA